AUGCUGAUGUACCGCCCGAAGAAGAAAGUUCUUCAAGAUCUUCAUAUCAACAAUGGAGGAGGAUUGAUCAGUUCAUGGGUUGAUUCCAUGAGAGCUUGUUCUCCUACUCAUCUCAAAUCUUUGAUGAAGCAAAGCUCUUGGCUCACGGAACAUCCAUCAGCUUUAGAUAUGUUCGAAGAUAUCCUUCAUGUUUCUGAAGGAAAACAAAUCGUUAUGUUUAUGGAUUAUGAUGGCACUUUAUCUCCCAUUGUUGAUGAUCCAGAUCGAGCUUUCAUGUCCAAGAAGAUGAGAAGAACUGUGAGGAAACUAGCAAACUGUUUUCCCACGGCCAUAGUUAGUGGGAGAUGCAGAGAAAAGGUUUAUAAUUUUGUGAAACUAACUGAGUUGUACUAUGCUGGAAGUCAUGGAAUGGAUAUCAAAGGACCAGAGCAAGGUUCCAAAUAUAAGGAAGGUAGUGAAUCUGUUCUUUGCCAGCCAGCUACAGAGUUCCUCCCCAUGAUCGACGAGGUUUAUAAAAAGUUAGUGGAAAAAACAAAAUUCACUCCCGGAGCCAACGUAGAGAACAAUAAGUUUUGUGUCUCUGUUCACUUCCGACGCGUCGAUGAACAUAACUGGAGUGAUCUGGCUCAUCAAGUUCGAGCAGUCAUGAAAGACUACCCUAAGCUCCGUCUUACUCAAGGAAGAAAAGUUCUGGAAAUUCGCCCUAUCAUCAAAUGGGAUAAAGGCAAAGCACUCGAGUUUUUAUUAGAGUCACUUGGAUACGCUAACUGCACCGACGUCUUUCCUCUUUAUAUCGGAGAUGAUCGCACAGACGAAGAUGCGUUUAAGAUAUUGAGAGAAAGAAGACAAGGUCUUGGCAUUCUUGUAUCCAAAUUUCCGAAGGAGACUAACGCGUCUUAUUCUCUCCAAGAGCCAGCUGAGGUUAUUGAUUUCUUGCAACGUUUGGUUGAAUGGAAACAAUUGAGAUCUGGAGCAUGA